AUGAGCGUUGUACGGCCGGCGCGCAGCGCCCUGAGCCGGUGCGUCGCCGCCGCCCCUUCUAAUGCAGCACCGGUCGCCGCCGCCACCCCCUGCCGACAAUUCCACAGCUCCGUCGCCCGCACCAAGCGACAGCCGCGGUUCCGAAACGUCAAGGCCGAGGAGCUGGGCCUGGUCCGCAAGGGCACCGUCUCCGUCACCGCCGACAUGGCCCGGUUCAAGCAGGAGCACCUGCCCGAGUACACCGAGGAGCAGCUGGAGCGGCUGCGCGGCCAGUACACUCCCGAGCAGGUCGAGGCCAUCCGGGCCGGCGAGGCGGCCGUCGACGCCGAGGACGUGCUCGUCCAGGGCCGCAUACGCGACGACCCCUACCGGCCGACCUACGUCGAGGACUACGCGACGCUGGAUCCGCGCUUCGACAUCAUGCCCUCCCAGGAGGGGGAGGCGAGGCCGCCGCGCGAGCACAAGUGGCUCGGCGAGCAGGACUGGAUGGACCAGUUCUCGGCGCGGCUGUCAGAGCUGGUCGACCGCAAGACGGACGCGCAGCUGACGCGGGCCAUGGCGCGCGCGCUGCGCCGCGUCAAGGACGCCCAAGGCGGCACCGAUGUCAUCGACAUGACCGAGGAGGAGCUCGCGGAGCUGGAGAAGAACCCGGAGAUGCUGCAAAAGUACCUCGUCAAGGAGGGCGAGGAGGGUGCCGCCGCGGGUACGGGCGCGGAGCUGACCGAGGCGCAGGUGCAGAAGCUCGACGAGGCGGUCGAGGCCGAGUGGAAGAAGGAGCUGGAAGCCCUCGCGUCCGCCGACGACCGCGCCGCCGCCGUCGAAGUCUCCCCUACAAGCCUGGAGAUGCUCGAGGGCGGGCCCGCAGAGGCUUCGGUGCGCGGGCCUGCGGAGUCGGCGGAGGCUCCCGAGCUGGGCCGCAUCCCAGGCGUGGCGGGGCGGUACAACCGGGCGGCGGACCCGGAGGACGGCGGGCAGGACGAUCUGGGAGAGUACCAGGAGAUCAAGCGGGUGACGGGGCUGGCGCUGGCGGAGAUCAAGGCGCUGUACUGCAAGGUGCUGGUGCUGCGGUGGGUGAGCAACCAGACGCGCAUGGGCAAGAUCCGCAGCACGAGCGUCGUGGCCAUCGCGGGCAACGGCGCGGGCCGCCUGGGCAUCGGCAUGGCCAAGUCGACGGACCAGAAUACCUCGGUGGUGACGGCGCAGAUGCUGGCCAUCCGCAACAUGAAGGCCAUCCGCCGCUACGAGAACAGGACCAUCUACGGCAACUCCACGGCCAAGGUGGGCGCCACCGUUGUCGAGCUGUUUAACAGGCCACCAGGCUUUGGUCUUCGCGUCCCUCAUCGCCUCUUUGAGAUGUGCCGCGCGGUCGGCCUGCAUGACAUCGCCGCGCGCAUGCCGCGCGCCAAGAACCCGAUGAACUCCGUCUUCGCCACCUACAAGGCGCUCAUGAACCAGCCCGACCCGGAGGAGAUUGCUCGGGGUCGCGGCAAGAAGCUGGCCGACGCGCGCAAGGUCUACUACGGCGGCUCUGUACACUAA